AUGGCCUCGCUGGACCUGCCGUACCGUUGCCCCCGCUGUGGGGAGCACAAGCGCUUCCGGAGCCUGUCGUCGUUGCGCGCACACCUGGAAUACAGCCACACAUACGAGACGCUCUAUAUCCUCUCCAAGACCAACAGCAUCUGCGACGGUGCCGCAGCCGCAGCUGCAGCCGCUGCUGCCUCCGGCUUCCCGCUGGCGCCCGAGCCCGCCGCCCUGCUGGCCGUGCCCGGCGCCCGGCGCGAGGUCUUCGAGAGCACCUCCUUCCAGGGCAAGGAGCAGGCCGCGGGGCCGUCGUCCGCAGCGCCACACCUGCUGCACCACCAUCACCACCACGCACCCCUCGCCCACUUCCCCAGCGACCUGGUGCCCGCCAGCCUACCCUGCGAGGAGCUGGCAGAGCCGGGCCUCGUACCCGCCGCCGCCGCGCGCUAUGCGCUGCGUGAGAUCGAGAUCCCGUUGGGAGAGCUGUUCGCCCGCAAGUCCGUGGCCUCCUCGGCCUGCUCCACGCCCCCGCCGGGUCCGGGCCCCGGCUCUUGCCCCGGGCCCGCUUCUGCCUCGCCCGCGUCUCCUUCACCAGCCGAUGUGGCUUACGAAGAGGGCCUGGCGCGCCUCAAGAUCCGCGCGCUGGAGAAGCUGGAGGUGGAUCGGCGGCUGGAGCGGCUGAGCGAGGAGGUGGAGCAGAAGAUCGCCGGCCAGGUGGGCCGGCUGCAGGCGGAGCUGGAGCGCAAGGCCGCUGAGCUGGAGACAGCUAGGCAGGAGAGCGCGCGGCUGGGCCGCGAGAAGGAGGAGCUGGAGGAGCGAGCAUCUGAGCUGUCCCGCCAGGUGGACGUGAGUGUGGAGCUACUGGCCUCACUCAAGCAAGACCUGGUGCACAAGGAGCAGGAGCUGAGCCGCAAGCAGCAGGAGGUGGUGCAGAUUGACCAGUUCCUGAAGGAGACUGCGGCACGGGAGGCCAGCGCCAAGUUGCGGCUGCAGCAGUUCAUCGAGGAGCUCCUGGAGCGGGCCGACCGGGCUGAACGGCAGCUUCAGGUCAUCAGCAGCAGCUGUGGCAGCACACCGAGCGCCAGCCUGGGCCGUGGAGGGGGGGGCGGUGGUGCUGGACCUGGGGCCCGGGGCCCAGGCAGAAUGCGAGAACACCACGCAGGCUCGGCCAUGCCUAGCACAUACGCGGUGUCACGGCAUGGCUCCUCUCCCAGCACAGGGGCUUCCAGCCGCGUCCCAGCUGCAUCCCAGAGUUCAGGCUGCUAUGACAGUGACAGUCUGGAGCUGCCCCGGCCAGAAGAGGGCCCCCCAGAGGACAGUGGCCCUGGGGGCUUGGGCACACGGGCCCAGGUGGCCAACGGUGGCUCGGAGCGAGCCCAGCCCCCUCGAAGCUCAGGCCUGCGGCGCCAGGCCAUUCAAAACUGGCAGCGCAGACCCCGCCGGCACAGCACGGAGGGAGAGGAGGGCGAUGUCUCAGAUGUGGGCUCCAGAACCACGGAGUCAGAGGCUGAGGGUCCCUCAGAUGCUCCCCGCCCUGGGCCUGCUAUGUCUGGGCCAUUGAGUAGCUGCCGGCUCUCAGCCCGCCCUGAGGGAGGCAGUGGGCGGGGUCGGCGAGCAGAGAGGGGCAGCCCCUCACGCUCCAACGAGGUCAUCAGCCCAGAGAUCCUCAAGAUGCGGGCCGCCCUGUUCUGCAUCUUCACCUACCUGGACACACGCACACUACUGCAUGCUGCCGAGGUCUGCCGGGACUGGCGCUUCGUGGCCCGCCAUCCCGCCGUCUGGACACGGGUGCUGCUCGAGAAUGCCCGCGUCUGUUCCAAGUUCCUGGCCAUGCUGGCUCAGUGGUGCACCCAGGCCCACUCACUGACACUGCAGAACCUGAAGCCCCGGCAGAGGGGCAAGAAGGAGAGCAAGGAGGAAUAUGCCCGGAGCACCAGGGGCUGCCUGGAAGCAGGGCUGGAGUCCCUGCUGAAGGCAGCAGGGGGGAAUCUGCUGAUCCUGCGCAUCUCCCAUUGUCCCAACAUCCUCACUGACCGUUCGCUCUGGCUGGCCAGCUGCUACUGCCGUGCCCUGCAGGCUGUCACCUACAGAAGUGCCACGGACCCCGUGGGCCACGAAGUCAUUUGGGCCCUGGGUGCUGGCUGCAGAGAGAUCGUCUCCCUCCAAGUGGCACCACUGCACCCUUGCCAGCAGCCCACGCGCUUCAGUAACCGCUGCCUGCAGAUGAUUGGUCGCUGUUGGCCCCAUCUCCGGGCCCUGGGGGUUGGGGGCGCUGGCUGUGGGGUGCAGGGCCUGGCAUCCCUUGCAAGAAACUGCAUGCGGCUGCAGGUCCUGGAGCUAGACCAUGUGUCAGAGAUCACCCAGGAGGUGGCAGCUGAGGUCUGCCGCGAAGGCCUGAAGGGACUGGAAAUGCUGGUGCUCACAGCCACCCCCGUUACCCCUAAAGCCCUGCUGCAUUUCAACAGCAUUUGCCGGAAUCUCAAGUCCAUCGUGGUCCAGAUUGGGAUUGCCGAUUAUUUUAAAGAGCCCAGCAGUCCUGAGGCCCAGAAGUUGUUUGAGGACAUGGUGACAAAACUCCAGGCCCUACGAAGGAGGCCCGGUUUCUCUAAGAUCCUGCACAUCAAGGUGGAAGGCGGCUGCUAACCCGGGUUGGGGGCGGCAGGGCUCCUGCCAGCCCCACACUAGGGCACUCUCUUUGUACCUCCAGAGGAACUCUGAUUUGAACUAGACCUUCAGAGGUCUAGUGUUAU